AAAAAAAGAAAACACGUGGAAUGUCAAACCUGACGGACGUCUGCUACAGGUUUCUCCGUUUCUGGUUUAGUUCUAGUUUUCUUGAACUAGAAUUAAGAAUUAUUCGUUCUUCGUUGCAUGUAAACAUAGGCUAACUCCAGUUUUACGGAGAAAUUUAUUUGGUUUUCCAAUGGCUACAUGUGAUUCAGUUAAUUUAGGAACGGUACCUCGUAGUGAAAAAAAGAAAAGAUACAUUAUUUGCAACCAACAAGACGUUUCGGAAAUAUGGAAUGGACUGGUGCUGUGUGCAUCGAAAGUCAAGGAUGAAGUUUUUGCGCUCGAAGAACCAAUCAAGACAACUGAUCAGCUAUUAGGUGAAGAACUACAUUGCCGAACCUGCCUCAUCAGUUUUACAGGAAAUGAUGACUAUAGACUGCAUUAUAGGGAUGAUUUACACCGUUAUAAUCUAAAAUUAAAGUUGAAUGGAAAACCACCCAUUAGCCAAGAUGAAUUCUGUGAAAUUGAAGAUGGAAUAUCCAGUAUAUCAGGUUCAGAUAGUGAAGAAGAUUCGUCUGAGGGAACACUCAAAGCAUCUGUGGGAAGCCCUAAAAUUUACUUUCAAAAUCAGGCAGCACAGAAAAUGGCUGUAUACCGUUGUUUGUUGCAUUCAAAAAAGAAACCACCUAAUAGUGACACAGAAUUACUCCAGCUUAUUCAGUCAUUGCCAAAGCAAAACAUGUGGGCUAUAAUUAUGUUAGGAGGUGGUCAUUUUGCUGCAGCAAUUUACCAAGGAGCUGAUUUGAUUCACCACAAGACUUUUCAUUCAUACACUGUCAGAGCUAAGCAAGGUGGGGGUCAGUCUAGUAGGGAUAACAAAUCUGGAGGUGGCUCCCAUCCAAAAUCAGCAGGUGCCUCUCUUCGACGCUACAACGAAGCAGCCUUUGCAGAGCAUGUUCAAUCUUUGUUUAUUUCCUGGUGCGAUGUACUGAAAAAAUGCCACUUUAUUUUGUAUCGGGCAGCAAGUUCGAACCAGACAAUUAUGUUUGGAGGGAAAAAUCCAUUUUUUGACCGAAGCGAUCCACGAUUAAGAUCAAUUCCUUUCCCUACAAGACGAGCUACUCUAAACGAAGUUCAAAGAGUUUGGUUGCAUUUGGCAACGGUUGAACUAGUUGAUGAAGAAGUAGCUGUAGAAGAUGAUUUAACAAAGGUGAUUUCAACGACACAGAAUUUGCAGCUUGGCGAAGAAACAAGUGAUGAUGAACUAAAGGUCUUGGAACUUCAACGCGCAAAAAGAAUGAAGAAAAAAAUUGUGGCAAAAAUCAAUAGCAAUAUCGCUGUUCAACCUGUUGAAAUAAUUGUUGAUGACAAGGAUCUUUUCCCUGGUGAAAAAGAUAUAAUUGAGAACAUUUUUCUUACUAUCAAGCGAGGAAAUGCUGAUUUAUUUGACAAGGAGAUUGACAAAUUGUCAGAGAUUUUGGAUUCGUAUCGUGAAGAGUACCAUCUGGAUAUGACAGAUGUUUUGAAUCAGAGGCUUGGCGACGAUUGUGAAACUUUGCUUCAGCGAUCAGCGAUGGUCAACAAGCGGGCUAAUUUUGUUUGGAAAUUGAUGGAGCUGGGAUGUGACCCUUCUUUGAGCGAUGCUUCCGGAAGAGUUCCUUACAUGGUAGCAUCAGAUAAAGAAACGCGAGCAACGUUUCGCCGGUUUAUGGGUGCUUAUCCCGAUCGAUUUGAUUUUAUCAAAGCAGCGAUUCCCUCACCUUUGACAGAUGAAAUAGAGAAACAAAAAGCAGAUAAACUGGCCGAAAAGCGUAAAGUUCAGAAGCAGGCUAAAAAAGAAAAAAAGUCUAUCGAGAAAGCUAAAAUGGAAGAAGAAAAACGAGUACAGGAGGAAUUGCGUAAAGUUGAAGAAGAGAAACGCAAAAUUGAAGAAGACAAAGCUCGUUUUGUAGCGCUAUCUGAUAGAGAAAAGAGAGCUUUGGCUGCUGAACGACGAUUAUUAGCGAAUGCAUCAGUUACUGGAUUGGCAACUCCAGUUUUGGUUCGUUGCUUCCUUUGUGGUUUGGAUAUCAGCGGCAAAGUUCCAUUUGAAUACAACAACAACAAAUUUUGCUCACCUCCGUGUUUGCAAAAGCAUCGUAAACUAAAUGUCAAAUAAAAUUGAUUAAGGUUGUA